AUGACGCGGCAGUGCCCGGGUCUCCUGCCUGAUAUCGCUGUUUUCGCGAGAGAGGCGUCCUACCUCAAGGACGCUGGACUCCUGAGAGCCGUAAAGCGGGCAGGGGGGCCGAGCGAAGCGCUGAGUCGGGUCUCGCUGACCUGGGACCGCCCUGGCGUGGUGCCUGCGCAGCCAGGGCUGAAGCAGAGACACAGAAAGCAACUGGAGGCAGAACUGGCCGGGCUGGUGAAUGGGGGUUUAGCUGCUGGAAAGAUGGCUUCCUCUACCUCUCCCAUGGGCCCCAUCGACAGCCUGGAGCUCCUGGAUCUCCUGUUCGACCGGCAGGAUGGAAUCCUGAGACACGUGGACCUGGGAGAGGUGUGGAACCACGUAGGGGACCAGGUCCUGCCAGGCCCGGACUCCGACGAUUUCCUCAGCUGUAUCUUGGGCUCCGGAGACUCAUCACCCAGCUCUCCACUCUGGUCUCCUGCGGCCAGUGACAGUGGCCUCUCCGAAGAUCUGCCCUCUGACCCCCAGGACACCCCUCCACACACUGUUCCAGUCACGGCUCUGUCCAGCUGCCAUGUCACAGAGCCUAGCAAGGGGCUCUGCCCUUCCUACUGUCCCGUGCCCCCCGGCCCCGCCAGGCCCCCCGGGCCAGCAGCCCAGGGGCUUGAGGCCUCUGUGGCCAUAGACCUAGAAAUGUGGAGCCCGGGCCUCGAGGAGCAGGCUGGGCCAGCGGACCUGCCCCCGCAAGGCGGCCUCACAGUGAAAGACCUCCUCCUCUCGGACAGCGGCGGGGACCUGCAACAGCAUCACCUGGCCGCCCCCCACCUGUUGCGACCUGGGCCUGGGCACUGCCAGCAGCUGGUGCUCACGGAAGACGAGAAGAAGCUGCUGGACAAAGAAGGCAUCACCCUGCCCACUCAGCUUCCCCUCACCAAGUAUGAGGAGCGAGUACUGAAAAAAAUCCGCCGGAAAAUCCGGAACAAGCAGUCAGCCCAAGAAAGCCGGAAGAAGAAGAAGGAAUAUAUUGAUGGCCUGGAAACUCGGAUGUCAGCCUGUACGGCCCAGAACCAGGAGCUUCAGAGGAAAGUCUUGCAUCUCGAGAAGCAGAACCUGUCCCUCUUGGAGCAGCUGAAGAAACUCCAGGCCAUUGUCGUCCAGUCCACCAGCAAGUCGGCCCAGGCGGGCACCUGCAUAGCGGUUCUGCUGCUUUCUUUCGCCCUCAUCGUCCUCCCCUCCAUCAGCCCAUUUGCCUCCAACAAAGCCGAGAGCCCCGGAGACUUCACGCCUGUGCGAGUUUUCUCCAGAACCCUGCACAACGACGCUGCUUCCCGCGUGGCCCUCGACACCAAUCCAGGUUCUGAGGAUCCAGGACUCCAGUCUGAGGCUGGUGCACCCCAGGGAGGGUCUCCAGGAAGCCCCAAGGUGGACUGGGACUCCCGGGACAUGCUGGCUCUGGACACCUCGACGGAAGAGCUGGACAACUCCACCCUGGUCCCAGGCAACUUGACGGAGGAGCUGAGCCGGGCCAGCCUGCUAGACUGGGCAUCGCCUAAGCCAGCGCUCAACCCUGGGCGCAUAGGGCUAGAGGCGGCGGGGGAGGAGCUGUGA